AGAAAGGUAUUUGGAGGAUCUAUUUUAGGCCCAAUGCUGCAACCGCUGAGUGUAUACGUGUAACUUUUGGAAAAUGCUUCUGAUAACGAAGCUCCGUCAACCAAAAGUUCUUUUGAUGAAAUGGGGACUCCGUGGACCACGAGUCUUAUUGCUUUUUGCUACUUUCUGUAUUGUUGUCAUCGUAAUUCGCACUUUUAUUCGUGGACAUUUUCCAAUCUAUUUGUUCAAAGAUGCUGAUGCAGAAGCAGCAAACGGUCAUGGCAAGUUAUAUUGCAACAAACCGGGCAAUGUAGUUGGUAAGGAGGGACAUUUGUCAUUUUUUAAAGGUGGUAAAAGAAAUUAUCAGCUACAACAAGUUUAUAUUGUCAUAAGACACGGAGAUCGAGCGCCCAUUAUGCUGAACACUUUCCCUAACAGCCGACCGGUUGAAGUACCCUGCAAGUUUAAUAAGUCCUGGACAUUUUAUGAUGACCUUGUACAAAUCAAAAAAGGGGCGUUUAAUUUUCGAGUUUCUGGACAUAAGACGCACCCAAUAUUGCAAGAAAGAGACACUUGUCUGGGAGGACAGCUCACACCAAUAGGUUUUGCCCAGCACUUAAACAAUGGGAAGUUUCUCAAAAGACAAUACAGUGAUUUUCUUGGUAGCAUAAAUGACCCAUCGAUGAUUUUAUCAAUGAGCACUGCUUACAGUAGAACUGUGCAAAGUGCUGCGUCAUUGCUUUUUGGUAUUUUUGGAGACAGAUUUAAAGACCGUAAAAUGGAAAUACAAGUUCAAGAUGAUAAAUAUAGAGAAACACAUUUUUUAAAAGAUGGUCAAGGUGACAAUAUAUAUUGUCCAGCUUUAGCUCAAAAGUUAAAAGAUAUCUGGAAAGUUGAUGAGUUGCAUGAUUUAAGGAUAAAGAUUGAUCCUAUACGUAAAAAGUAUGCAGAAAUCUUUGACAGUCACAGAGGAGAAAUACCAGCUCUAGAUAGGAUUGUUGACAUUUUGUAUGUUACUAUGUGUCAUGGUCAACUUUUUCCAAAGGCACCUAAAGGUGAUAUUUCUUACAAGCUAGCAAAGACUUCUUUUGAGUUAGCUGACCACCUGAUAUCAUUGAAGCAUCAACAAACUGCUGAGCUUCAAACAUUGGCUAUACUGUCUCAAAUAGUCCAUAAAACAGCAAAACGCAUCAAGAGUCUCAGUGAAAAAGAUUCAAAUUGGCAUAAACUUGUAAUAUUUUCUGCUCAUGACACUGUAAUUGCUCCUCUAUUACAAAUGCUGGGUGCUCAUAACUGGAAGUGGCCCCCUUACGCUUCAAGGGUAGUAUUUGAAGUGUGGAAGGACUCAGAUAACAAACCUGAGGAAGCCAAAGACUUGGAUCAGUUCCUUGUCUUUAGGAGUUACUUUAUCAGGGUGUUAUAUAAUGGAAAUGAUGUAACCAGCAUGGUGAAAUUUUGCAGUGGACAAGUGAUAGAAAACCAAUUUUGCCCUUUUAGUGCAUUUGUGAAAUAUGUUGCUGAUGGACAAUUUGAGGGGGAUAAUUAUUUUGAGAGAAUCACAAAUUUAUGUGUUGGAACCGAUCUUUAGCCAUUUGAUUCUAAUAGCUUCAUCUAGGGAUUUUUAGGGGUGUUUGUUAAUGAUUUUGUGAGAAUCAAAUCUCCAAAGAAGAGUUACUAUAUUUGCUUUUGUGCGAAAAGCAUUUUGCAUCAUUGGACACAAAGAAUGAAGUGUCACAAUCAGUUGGAGAAAUCACAUAUUUCAAUUGUUGAAUCAAAGAUUCCCAAACAUUAUAGACUGACAGAUAAGAUAAUUGUAUGUCGAUCAUUUUGUUUACUUCUUGUUUACAUGAAGCAUUUAUUUCGCAUUCAAUCCUAAUUUUGUAGAACAUUAGUGCAAGUGCCUGUUUUAUAUACAGUCACUUGUUCAAAAAAAAUGCUAUUCUGGCUGGUAGAAGCUCCUUUUUAAAUUGACUUGUAGCUUUCAGGGCUGACUAUUGUAACAAUGGUAAUAUUUUCAGUAACAGAUUCCCUGAAACAAGCAUAUGAAACCAUGAACCAACAUUCUAUAAUGUCUUUGAAGUUGAUUAGAUGUUCGUUAUGUUUGUGUUUUGCAAGAGUUGUAAUAUUUCCAUUUCCUAGAAGUUGCAAAAGUAUAAAAAGAUUCAAAAACAACAUUCAAGAACAUUGAUCAACUAGCAAUGAAUCCUGUUGACAAAUCAUUUUUGCUUGGGAAUUUCCAUAUUUUUACCUUCUUAUCACUUUGCUAUACCUACAGACAGAAAUAUUUAUUUCUACAUAAUUAACAGUAGCACUUCUGAUGGAGCUGUUCUCAAGUAAUGCUGAGAUUCUAUCUGGGAGCUGGUUGUUUAACCCCCCCCCCUCUUCCCCAUGUUGAUUUAAUAUGUGUAUAUACCUUACAAUUUGUUUAUUUCACCACAAGUUAUUUCACCACAAUUUGUUUAUUUCACCACAUUCAAUUGAUAUUUAAUCAUUAUAUAUAACAUUGGUAUUUUCCUGUA